ACGGUCGUCGCUCAGGUCGGUCCCCCCUCUUAAACCCUCCCUCCACUUAUACGAUAUUACGAUUUCCCAAUCCCAAUUUCUAGGAUUUCGAUUCCUCCAUCGCCCUCAGUUAUCCUGAAUUCCUUUCCCAGGAACAGGAUUUUAGCUGGAGAGUUGGAUAGGGGGUAGGGAUGAAGAUACAGUGCAACGUGUGCGAGGCAGCGGAGGCGGCGGUGCUGUGCUGCGCGGACGAGGCGGCACUGUGUUGGGCCUGCGACGAGAAGAUUCACACGGCCAACAAGCUCGCUAGCAUGCACCAGAGAGUCCCUCUCUCGAGCUCAUCCUCUCAGAUGCCCAAGUGUGAUAUCUGCCAGGAGACAGUUGGCUACUUCUUUUGUCUAGAGGAUCGAGCUUUACUCUGCAGAAAAUGUGAUGUUGCCAUACAUACAGCGAAUGCUUAUGUAUCUGCGCACCAGAGGUUUUUGCUAACUGGGGUAAAAGUUGGUCUUGAACCUACUGAACCCGUUGCUUCCUCUUCCUCAGGGAAGUCUGUCUCUAGAGAAAAAGUCCCAGAAUCUGAAGCUCGCUCUUUUUCUAGAAGGGACUCGUUGCCCUUGGCUGGGCAAUACAAUGAAGUAUUACCCAACCCUGUUGGUGGAGUUGGGGACUUUGCAUCAUCAAAGGUGUUGUAUACUGGGGGCUCCUUUGCUGGAAUCAUCCCCCAAUGGCCUAUAGAUGAAUAUCUUGGACUUCCUGAAUACAAUCAGAACUAUGGCUACUUAGACAAUGGAUCAUCUAAGGCUGAUAGUGGCAAGCUUGGGGAAUCCGAUUCCCCAAUUUUAAGAGCUUUUGAGGAAGAACUGGAUGAUGAUGAGUGCUUGGGUCAGGUGCCAGAGGCCUCAUGGGCUGUGCCACAGGUCCCUUCUCCACCUACUGCCUCAGGGCUAUACUGGCCGAAAAACUAUCAGAAUGCAUUGGAGGGUACCGUUUUUGUUCCUGAUAUAUGCCACUCGCGUGCUCAGAAUCCCAUUCAUUAUCAGCAUAAUGGUACAAUCUCAAAACGGAGGAGACAACUCUAAUCCCUUGCUGCUAAGUUCCAUAACUUGGAUGUCUCUGUGUUUUGACUGCACCUGGUUUGGGCAGGGUGUGCUAAUAGAAUUGUUAGAUAUUGUCCUCCUUCAGAGCCUAGUAAGUAGUUUAAAGUUUGAACUCUGUUUGUAAUUCCAACUACACGUUUGUUAUUUGAACUGUCACUUCCCUCUGUAAUUAGAUAUUUCUGAUUUUCCACUUACAUUUUGGGGUUUGUGAGAUCUUGCAAUAAACGACGUGUUGGUCCUUACCGGACGAAGA